UUUGUUCAUAUUUUUCUCUCUCCCCCACCUUUAUUUUUUUCAAACACUCUCUUUAAUUGUCUCUGUUUUCUUGUUUUUAUCUGAUAAAACAAAAAAAAAGGUUUUUCAGAAUUCUGUAAAUCUCAAUUGAAAUGGGUUCUCAACAGCAAACAAUUCUAGUCACCGGAGGUGCAGGAUUCAUCGGCACUCAUACAGUUCUUCAGCUUCUCAACGACGGUUUCAGAGUUUCAAUCAUCGAUAAUCUUCACAAUUCCGUUCAAGAAUCCAUUCUCAGAGUCAAAGAAUUAGUCGGUCCUAAGCUUUCACAGAAUCUUGAUUUCCAUCUGGGUGAUCUAAGAAACAAAGAUGAUUUGGAGAAAUUGUUUUCCAAGACUAAAUUUGAUGCUGUAAUUCACUUUGCUGGACUUAAGGCGGUUGGAGAAAGCGUGGAACAUCCUAUUCGUUACUAUGAUAAUAACUUGAUUGGAUCGAUCAAUUUGUAUCAGACAAUGGCUAAGUAUAACUGCAAGAAGCUGGUAUUCUCUUCUUCAUCGACUGUUUAUGGUCAGCCGGAGAAGAUACCUUGUGUAGAGGAUUUCCAUUUGAAUGCAAUGAAUCCCUAUGGUCGUACUAAGCUUUUCCUAGAAGAGAUUGCUAGAGAUAUCUAUGCUGCUGAUAAUGAUUGGAAAAUAAUCUUGUUGAGAUAUUUCAAUCCGGUUGGGGCUCAUGAAAGUGGAAAACUUGGUGAAGAUCCAAAGGGUAUUCCUAACAAUCUAAUGCCUUAUAUUCAACAAGUGGCUGUUGGAAGACUUCCUGAAUUGAAUGUAUAUGGUUAUGAUUAUCCUACACCUGACGGUAGCGCUAUUCGAGACUACAUUCAUGUGAUGGAUUUGGCAGAUGGUCAUAUUGCUGCACUUUGUAAGUUGUUGAAUGCAGAUGAUGAUGAUGUUAUGGGUUGUGUUGCUUAUAAUUUAGGGACUGGUAGAGGUACAUCUGUUCUUGAAAUGGUGGCUGCAUUCGAGAAGGCUUCUGGAAAGAAGAUUCCGAUUAAGCUUUGUCCUAGGAGGCCUGGUGAUGCUACUGAAGUUUAUGCAUCGACAAAGAAAGCUGAGAAGGAAUUGGAAUGGAAGGCAAAGUAUGGGAUUGAAGAGAUGUGUAGAGAUCAAUGGAAAUGGGCAAGCCAGAAUCCUUGGGGAUAUCAAUCCAAGCCAUUGAAAGAUAUAUAGAAAAACUAAUAUUACUCUUGUUCUUGUAUGUUCUUUAUGAAAUUGUUCUAGAAUGGAGAAUUUUAUCAUUUCUAGA